CUUAUAGGUGUCAGAUCAGAAUUUAAGAAAGUGUCUAUCGGGCUCUGGAGUCGGCAGGAAACGGGUAUCCAUCCUCCAAACUUUAUACUACCUACACGUUUUCAACGUCGAUAAUCUAAAAGGAUACAAAUCUAUUGGAUUUGAUUGUGUAAAGAUAUUGUUGGUGCAUUGAACAAGAAAUUUUAUGUUGUGAUCUGUUGAGAUGUCCUCCAUCAGUGAAACAUCGACUUGGAUCAAGUUCUUCACAGAGGCUGGUAUUCCUGCCAGUGACGCCACCAACUAUGCCCUGCUUUUCACCGACAACCGCAUCAAGCAGCACAUGCUCCUCGACCUCAACCGUGACUGUCUAAGGGACAUGGGCAUCACUGUCAUGGGCGAUGUUAUUGCCAUCUUGAAGCAUGCCAAGACUGCAGCCCGAGUCCGCGCUUUGGCUGACCAUAGCGUCUCAAGGCUCACCAGCGCGUCAUCUGCAAAAAAUGCCGUAGCAGUUCCGGCAAUGAGCAAGCAGAAUACACCAGCAUCCAGGAUGCUCGAUCAUUAUGUUCGCAAGGAAAAAUCUUGCCAUUCACCACCUGCUGCGUUCUCGGGUCGCCUAGGAGCUGUCAAUGGAAGUAUCACGAAAAGAAGCUCUGUAUUCGAGAGGCUUGGCGACAAUAGCGUGUCUAGUACAACGAGCGAUGGGUCUCUGGAGAGUUCGAUGCAUGGCAUAGAGCUCCCUUCCCUUGAGUAUCAAGGUGUGCUCAAAUACUCUACAAAGGACGGCAAUGAACGUGCUCGCGUCAUAGCUAAAAGGAAGAUCACCAAUGCAGACACCACAACCUCAACUCAUCCCGGUGCUGCCAUCAAAUCGAGACUUGGUGUUCAGGCGGCUGUUCUUUUGCAGCCUACUACCUUCAAAAGUGCUGGAAUUUUCGCCAAAGAGAGAGAAGAAGCUGCACAAAGGGUGCACGUUAAAACGAUGUUGAAAGCUCCAAGUUUCAAGCGUUCACGCGAGGAUGAAGUUGGCAGCACUACAGGCGCGAAAGUCCUGCCCAAAUCUCGAAGCACUGACAGUCUCCCACAAAUAAGGAAAGUCCUUAAACCUGUGCGUAAUGUGGCUUAUGAUAAUAAUUAUUUGCACAGAUCUGAGAGUGACGUAAGUAGUGAAGAGGAAAAAGUUCCAAGGAGGCCAGGGUCAUCUAAAAUGUACAUGGAUCAAGUUGCAGCUCCUCCUAGAAUGCACAUGAAGCAAAUUGCUGCACCUUCUAGAAUGCACAGUGAUCGUUUAUCGAAGUCCUUAAAAGUGUCAGUCUCUAAAGGUUAUUCAGACGAUAGUGAUGAUAUUGACGAUUAUGAGCGAUUUCCGAAACGUAAAGCAACAACAGCUGCUCGAUAUGCAUCGGUAAUGAAGCACACAAAGAGAGUGGACAGCCCACCAGCUUCCCCUGAGGGUAUGGUCUCAGUGAGGUGCAAGAUACCUACGUCGGCUCAUAUGGACCGAGUCCCGAAAUUAACGAAAGCUCGUGAUUUACCUGCCAAGAUGAAUAGCAAAGCACGGGCCAAUGCACCCAAGAAACAGCUUCUGGAGCCCUUGAGAAUACAAGUUUCCCAAGACGUUCCUCUUAAGAAAAAGGAGAGUAUUUACGUCUCAGAUGAUUCAGAUUCCAGCGAGAUGGCAUCAGAAAAGAAUCACAGAGUACGAAGUGUCACCAGCAACAGCAGUAGCCGCAGUAGUAGCGUCGUAGAGUCGUCUUCAGGUCGUAACUCCCUUAAUGUACUCAAAAAAAAUAUAAGGCCUCGAGUAGUGCAAGCAUCUGUGUCGAAGAUGGACGUGGACUCGGAGUCCGCUGAUGACGAUGAUAUUGAUGAUUAUUUACCAGCUUUACCUAAUAAGGUCAGUACACCGGCGAACCCUAAACGAAUGCUCUACAAGAAGAUCGUGCGUGUGAACAAGAAAACGGGGGAGGUUAUAAGCGAAGAGAAACACGUGGCAAAGGGCGGCGUUUUUGGCCGUCUGUCUCUUUGAACUACACGAAGGCUCCUGUGCGUCAUAUUUUCAUGGUUUUCACUAGUAUUUAAGUCGUAAUUCAGAUGCAUAAACUGGACUGUAGAUACAAUCAUUUUUACUUCUAAUUCUCGUCAUUGCAAUCCCGGUUUACAUCGCUCCAGGAAAUAAUCUCAUUUUAUGUUAAUUAUUGUUUAGUUUUGAUUACGAUGCUACCAUUCAGAUCUUAACUUGAUUUCCAGAUUCUAAUUUGAGGGACUCAUUGCGCACACAUUUAGGACCUGACACAUUUUCAAAACAUCCUAGUGACAUUAUUAUUGUUUUAAUUUCAUCUAUCAGUAUAAUUUGAAUGUUCUCUAACGGAGUGAGCGUGAUUACUAACGUAGUGAACGUGUACUAAUUCUUAGGCCUAAUUGUUUCUUUCUGCGUCCUUGGAUGAGUCUGCAGUCGGUGUCCCUGGUGUAUAAGAAUUUACCAGAAAUGUCUCAUCUUUUUGACAGAGACUUUGUUAAGUAUUCUUCUCACUCUCUUGUUAUUUAUUAACUGUAUCCUUAAAGAUCGUUUCCUCAAAACGUAGGUUUCAAUACUAAAUAAGGUGUAAAGUUGUGGGUUUUAUGUUCAGUCUUAAUUUCUCUGUACAUUUUGUGAAUGCUGUCGGUUUGGCAUCCGCUUAGGAACGUUUCAAUCCUUUUUCUGGUGAUGCUCGUGGAGCUUGCUGCAGCCUCGACAAAAUUCUUUAUUGGCUGUAGAGUAGCUGCACCUAACGUAAUUUGCUCUCACGCUUGAAAUACGUUCACUAAUCCUGACAUGGUCUCUUUUCAUUAUCUUGGAUUGUUGUUAAUUUUGUAUGGUCUUGAAUAAUCAGUAAACUUGCAAUUGAUCAGUGCCAAGAUUCACUUUUUCAUAAUUUUGUUUGUAAUUCAUUGUUAGGCUUGCUCUCGAAUUAUCCGUUUGUUGUAUUUUUUUUUUAAUUCGACGCUCGCGCACAAUUCUCUGCAAAUGGAACGAAUCAUUAUUAUUACCCUAUUCGGUUACGAAGUAAGUAUAUUUUUUUCGGCUGCUCGUGUCACAGAACCUACUGUAGUUGUAACUCGCUUCUGCCCUGGCAAGUCCGAUUUGUUAGUGCAACUUACGUCAAGCCCUCAUUUUUUGAGGACUUAAGCCGAUAAAUGUAAGUCAUCAUUAGAGUGCGAUUGGUGACGUCCAAGACGCUGAUGAACUGCGCUGCCGUUCGCAUACAACAGAUGUUACUGUGCAAAGGAAAAUAAAUUUAGGCUAUGU